AUCGUUUCCUUUGCCUGUUUUCACUUUUUCCACUCCUUUUCUUUCUUUUUUGAACCACCGCCGUCCCCCGCCACACACACAGUGAACUUCGAAACCCUAAGAACUGAGAACUCACCGGAGGUAAAAAAAGUGAUCGGAGAAGAAGGAAGAGAUGCCUCGUGAAAUUAUAACGCUGCAAGUAGGACAAUGCGGGAACCAGAUCGGAAUGGAGUUCUGGAAACAACUUUGUUUGGAGCACGGCAUCUCUAAGGACGGGAUACUUGAAGAUUUCGCUACUCAGGGAGGUGACAGGAAAGAUGUAUUUUUCUAUCAAGCUGAUGAUCAACACUACAUACCACGAGCGUUGCUUAUGGAUUUGGAGCCCAGAGUGAUUAAUGGAAUCCAAACUGGUGAAUACAGAAAUCUUUAUAACCACGAGAAUAUAUUUACGUCAAGGGAAGGAGGGGGAGCAGGAAACAAUUGGGCUAGUGGAUAUCAUCAGGGUAAGAAUUUUGAGGAGGAUUUGAUGGACAUGAUUGAUAGAGAAGCAGAUGGAAGUGAUAGUCUUGAAGGAUUUGUCUUAUGUCAUUCAAUUGCUGGAGGGACGGGCUCAGGUAUGGGUUCAUACCUUCUGGAGACUUUAAAUGAUCGCUACAGCAAAAAACUUGUUCAGACAUACAGUGUGUUCCCUAACCAGAAUGAGAUAAGUGACGUGGUGGUCCAGCCAUACAACUCCCUUUUGACUCUCAAACGACUUACACUGAAUGCUGAUUGUGUUGUCGUUCUUGAUAACACUGCACUUAAUAGAAUUGCAGUAGAACGCCUGCAUAUACAAAAUCCUUCUGUUUCUCAAACAAAUUCUUUAGUUUCUACUGUUAUGUCGGCCAGUACAACCACCCUGCGUUACCCAGGAUAUAUGAACAACGAUUUGGUUGGCCUUCUUGCUUCUUUGAUUCCUACACCAAGGUGCCACUUUCUUAUGACUGGAUAUACACCACUAACAGUGGAGCGCCAGGCUAAUAUGAUCCGGAAAACCACUGUACUGGAUGUGAUGAGAAGACUUCUCCAGACUAAGAAUAUCAUGGUUUCCUCACAUGCUAGGACAAAAGAAGCUAGUCAGGCAAAAUAUAUAUCAAUACUGAAUAUCAUCCAAGGAGAAGUUGAUCCUACUCAGGUUCAUGAUAGUCUGCAGCGAAUACGUGAAAGAAAGCUUGUUAAUUUCAUCGAAUGGGGCCCUGCUAGCAUUCAGGUUGCUCUCUCAAGGAAGUCUCCAUAUGUUCAAACUGCCCACAGGGUCAGUGGGCUCAUGCUAGCAAGUUACACUGGAAUUCGGCAUCUAUUCUCCAAAUGUUUGAGUCAAUAUUCUCUCCUAAGAAAGAGGCAAGCCUUUCUUGACAAAUACAGGGGUUAUCCGUUGUUUGAUGACAAUGAUCUUUCAGAAUUUGACGAGUCCAGGGACAUAAUUGAGAGUUUGGUUGACGAAUACAAGGCCUGUGAAUCCCCGGAUUAUAUAAAAUGGGGAAUGGAGGAUCCCGACCAUAUCUUAACAGGGGAAGGAAGUGCUACAGGGACAGUGGAUCCUAAGUUGGCAAUGUGAACAAGCCAAGACAUGUAUGAUGAUUAUGUAGAAAAAGGGGUGCAAGAAUAGGUCGGGUUUUUUGCUUACCACAUUGCUGCAUCGUGUAUCGUGAUUUGUGUGCAUUAAAACGAUGAUUGUAAAUUCGGUAUGUGUUACAUUCGCCUUCAUAAUGAACACGGUUUAUUUGUUGAUUAAUAAACCGUUUUUGAAGCACGAUUUUGUUAAUCUUCUUUCAUUGUUCGGAGAAAAUGUUUAGCAUCCACGAGCUGGUAGACUCUAAUUUGAUGAAACAUGUGGGUAUAGUUGUAUUAUACAUAGGAUAAGGAGGAUCAUGCGAAAAGCGGUUCAAACUUACGAGAAGUGCGAAAAGGGAGAGCAAAAUCUCAUAUGAUACAACACG